AUGUCAAACGAACAUGACGACACAAUCAACGCAACGCUACAGAUUAUCUUUGGGGCUGCUGGCAUCUUUAGUGUAGUUAUUGCCUUACUCGGUCUACAUCAUCAAGACGCUCUUGUAUUUGUGCUAUAUCGCCGACUGAGAUAUAGUCGGGCAGAAGCUGCAUAUGGAAUGGACGAUGAAAUCGUCUCUUCUGAUAGGAUCAUCGGCAAUCAAGGUAUGACAGCAUCGAACGCCCCAUAACGACCACCACCUUUAUCCCACGCUCACACAGCUCCGCCAUCG